AGACAAUACCGUUCACGCUUUUGUUAUUCUUCUUUUUUAUUACGAGCUGCGAUGGCUCGAAAGCGUGCCAGUUUUCGGUGAGGUAGAGCUUAAAGUUGGUUUUAGUCGGCUGGUUAAAUAAAGUUGAGGCUAGAAGAGACAGUUUUUGGGUGAUUGGUUUGCUCAAUCGCCGGAACCGAAUGUCAUCAGUGUCACCACUCAAGCAUGCCCGUGUAAAAGAUGCACAUCUUGAGCUUCCUUCUUUGCGUCGUCACAACGAAAGCCAUGGUCGUCAGACCCCAGCUGUACUCCAGCCCAUGCCCAGACACCUUCCAGUACGAAAUGGACCAGAAUGGGCAGCUGUAUGGUACUAUUGGAGUCUACUCCUUCGACGAGAACAUCGUCAGACUCAACGUCGAGCUGUCGGUUGGAAACCGCGUGAACAGUUACAAUGGCGAGAUCCAGUUAGCCAAUCCCAAAGAACUCAUCUUCGACGACAUCCAGCAACAAAGACCCAUCAAAUAUAAAGUUUUCUUCCCUCGAUGGGAAAACACACCACCACGAGUAACCAAAAUCAGCGUCAAUGGGCAAGUUGUAUGUUCAGGACUGCCCAUAGAAAUGAACAAUUGGGUUCGUGUCUUAACCAAAAUCAACCUCGAACACACCCUGACCAUCAAAGUGUCACCUCUUCGAUCACAGAGCAGCCCUUUUGUACCAUCACGAAAUAACCCAUUCCUGUCGGAAAAGGCAAAUCCUUUUCAGGACACCAAAGUUGUCACGAAACCAAUUCGCAACCAAUUUUUGGACGAAUUCCCGGCUCCAGUUAGGACCACAACAGAGAAGAUUUUCAGAAGCUCAGGACCCUCCAAUGAAUUGUUUGGAGGCAACCCAUUCCUCAAUGGUAAGCCCACAGUACCACCAACCCAGCCCCCACCACCAGGCACGUGUGGCGUGUCAAUCGUAGCAAACCCAUUGGUAAUCAAUGGUAACACCGUUCCACGUGGUGCCUUCCCAUGGCUUACUGCGAUUUUUGCUGUUACCACCACCGGUCUUGAGUACAAAUGUAGCGGUUCCCUGGUCUCCCAAAAGCACAUAAUUACCGCCGCCCAUUGCGUGCAAGAAGGGCGCAAAAGGCCCCAACCCGAGCGCUUCCUCUUCGUCCUCGGCAAACUGAACAUCAAGAAAUGGUCGCUCAGCGAGGGCGAAAAAAUGGUCGAAGCCGAGGACAUCCGAAUACACCCGGACUAUGUCCCUUUGACGUCGGACGCGGACAUAGCCGUCGUGAUUCUGGCCGAGAAGAUCGACUUCAGCAAGUACAUCCGGCCCAUAUGUCUGUGGUCCGAGCCGGACGAUGUGGACAAAAUCGUGGGCCAAAAGGGCAAGGUAGUGGGCUGGGGCCGCGACGAGCAGGACAACUUGAUGACGGCUGAGCCCAAACAGGCCGAUAUUCCCGUCGUGGGCCAGGAGGAGUGUCUGCGCUCGUCGGAGGCCUUCAGGUACAUCACGUCGGAGAGGACCUUCUGUGCCGGGGAGAGGAACCAAAGUGGGCCGUGCAAUGGCGACAGUGGGAGUGGCUUCAUUAUGAAGAGGAGUGGCAGAUGGGCGUUGAGGGGCGUGGUGUCGAUUUCGACCUAUGAUCCCAUUAAGCAGAGCUGCGAUUUGUCCAAUUACGUCGUUUUCACUGAUGUUAGUAAAUUUAGGGCCUGGCUGUUGGCUAUCAUUAAUUUAGUCAAAAACCAGUUGGAAAAUCCAGCACAAAAUGAUUCAAUAAACACAAUGUUGCCACAGCUGUUCUUAGCCGUGUUUGCUGCGAGUGUCUGCAGUCAGACGAUCCCGGAAAAUCCGUGUCCGGAAUUUUUCACGUACCGACAAGAAAGGGGUGUGUUUUUCGGCGAGAUUAAUGUUCCGUACGAUGGAAGCAAGAAUCUCAACUUGGCUGUGAAUAUUUCCAUGGUUGGGCUUUAUCAAAAUUUGAAAUUGAGACUUGAACUUUUGACUCCUGCUGAUCAAAUACUUUCGGCACAAUAUUUGAAGUAUAGGGUGAAUUUUCCAUUUCAAAAUGUCGUCCCGAGAAUUACGCAGAUUGCGUUUAAUGGACGGAUUUUUUGCUAUGGAUCCUCAGAGCAAGUUUCUAUGAAAGGUGUGACCAAUCUUUGGUCCAACAUCGUCUACCGCAUCAACCAAUACACUUAUAACAUCCAGAGCGGGUUCAAGGAACCAAUCAGCUCCAAUAAUUUGAACCAAUACAAUAAUGAACCCAUGAACAACCCCUUCAUCCACCCCACCACUGAAACCACCACCACAACCACCACCACAUGUCCCACGAUUCAAGACAACUGUGGAAUAGCCAACGACAUCCAAACCUUGGUUCUAAAGGGUGAAAAGACAAUUGAAAAUGAAUACCCAUGGUUGGUUGCUAUGUUCCACAGACAAGGGGUUUCCUACGAGUUUCAAUGCACGGGGAAUUUAAUCACAGACCGUCAUGUACUCACAGCUGGCCACUGCGUCUGGUACUACAAAGCCCCCCUGAUUGACAAAUCCGACAUUCUCCUCGUCCUCGGCCGCUCCGACAUCUCCCAUUGGGCCUCCGCCGGAGCCCUCAUACGCACCGCCUCCCAAGUCACGCCCCACCCCAACUACAAGCAAUACUCCGGCCACUGCGACCUCGCAAUCAUCAAAAUGAACGAAGAGGUGAUUUUCAAGCCAACCAUUCGCCCUAUCUGUCUCUGGACGGGCGACACCGACCUCAAAACAUUUGCCGGCGUUAGGGGCGUGGUUGCUGGGUGGGGCAAAAGCUCAGAGGGGCGGCACGUCGUUGCCACGCCCCGAAAAGUUGCAAUGCCGGCGGUUUCGCAAGAAACGUGUCUACGAUCGCACGCAAAUUUCCGAAACUUGACGUCGGAUAUGACGUUCUGUGCGGGGAAUAGGGAUGGAAGUGGGCCGUGCAAUGGCGACAGUGGGGCGGGGUUUAUGGUGAAGAAGGAGGGGCGGUGGUAUUUGAGAGGCGUGGUCUCCACGGCGAUUAAAAAGGAGGAUUUCUCGUGCGAUUUGAACGAGUUUGUGGUGUUUUCGGAUGUGGGGAAGUUGAGGGAGUGGGUUAAGGGCGUGGUAGGGGCGGGGCUAUUGAAAUAACGGACGGUUUUCUUGUAAUUUAUUGGUUGUGACGAUUAUGAACUUACAAUAAAAAUUUUAUUUUU